CCAGUUAAAUCUAGAUGUUGUGCGAUGCUAUAAACGGCAGUAUUGUUCCCUAUUUAUCAUUUACAUUUUCUUUCAUGAUCUGUGGCAUUUCCGAUACGGGGCUGAAAGUUUAGCGUUGCCUUGGUAACGAAACGUCUUUCCAGGUCUCCGAGGCUGCUGAGGAUAUAUUUCAGUUAUGGAGCAGUGUCCCGAUGGCUUUUCCUCAGCAUCAUCUUUUGAAGCGUUGUGUAGCUUGCUUAACAAUGCUGAAGAAGAGGAUGAAAAUGAAGGACUUUCCUCAACCUCAGUGGUUAAUCCAGGAGAUAUUGGACAUUUAGGAUCAGAAAAAAAAGUGAGCAGUGCAUUACAAAAAGACAGAGGCACCAAGGAGAUAUGGAAUGUUUUGGAAGUUCGAGAUGGGUUAGAAUGUGAUGACUCUUUGGACCCAAGAGUACAGCCUGAAUAUGAAAUACUUUAUAAGCAGAGAGUUGGAAGUGAAGAUAUAUUCUUGGGAAUGAGUCAAAAAGACCCAUCAACAGCAUGCUGUGAGGAUAUGGUGGUUAAAAUCCAGCUCCCUAACACAAAAGCCUCUGAUCUGUCACUUGAUAUAAGGAGAAAGUUCAUAGAUCUUCGUACUCCAAAAUAUAAACUGGGAUUGCACCUUCCCCAUCCUAUAAAUGAAAACACUGGGAAGGCACAGUUUAAAGUGGACACAGAAACUCUGGAAGUGACUCUUUCUUUGGCCAGGGACUUUUUCAGCUUUUCAUGACUCCUCAAUAAUCUGUUGUUUAUAUAACAGGGUUUGUGUAACAGUUUUAAUCUCAAUAUAUGUUUAUCACAUUAUUAAAUGUAUUGUAGACAAAUCAUUCAUGUUUUUGUGUUACUGUAAACUGUAAUAAUAAUAACAUACCUAAUUGAG